CCAAUACAAGGAAGUAAAGAAAAGUUCUCUGUUAAUCUGCUUACAAACUAUUUGGUUUAGCAGGUCAAACGCCAAGUUGCCCGCCACACACAUAACAGCACAUUAAAACAAGAUUAUGACGCGUUUUGUUUAGAGGCUGUGUGUUGUCUCAGAAUCAGACUCAUGGUCACUCAUGCUGUGCUCUGCUCUGCCGGGUGCUUUCUUUGACAGUCUACUGAUGUGCUCAUUUAUAUUUCUAGAUAUUCGAUAAAGCGACUUUAUGAUUGUGUUUCAAUCUGAUAUUUGCAUAGAGUGCCACAAGUCUGACAGCAGACAAAAUGAAGAUGAUGACAUUCUUCAUUGUGGGACUCAUCGUCCAUGUAGUUUUCUUUCUCUCAAUAUUCGACAUCUAUUUUACGUCCCCUCUUGUCCAUGGAAUGACACCACAACAUGUCCCCUUGGCCCCUCCAGCCAAGCGCUUGGUGCUCUUUGUGGCAGAUGGUUUGAGAGCCGACAGUCUCUUUAAGCCAGACAACAAUGGGACAGGCAGGGCUCCUUACCUAAGGACUGUGAUUGAAGAGCGCGGCACAUGGGGAGUGUCACACACUCGAGUCCCUACAGAAUCACGGCCAGGUCAUGUGGCUCUAAUAGCGGGCUUUUACGAGGACGUUAGUGCUGUUGCCAAGGGCUGGAAGGAGAAUCCAGUGGAGUUUGAUUCUGUUUUUAAUGAGAGCAGACAUACCUGGUGUUGGGGCAGCCCUGACAUAUUACCAAUGUUUGCUAAAGGAGCCACUGGAGACCAUGUGUACACUCACACUUACCCUCCAGAGCGGGAGGAUUUCGCCUCCACUGAUGCUUCCAGACUUGAUACAUGGGUAUUUAAUGAAGUAAAGGAUUUCUUCAAUGUUGCCAAAAGCAAUGAAACUCUGCUGAAUAAGUUACAUGAAGAACAGAAUGUGUUUUUCCUUCAUCUUUUGGGGAUAGACACCAAUGGCCAUGCUCACCGGCCCAUGUCAAA